AUGAAAGUCAGCUGGUUCUACUUUUGUAUGGUUCAGAUCAGCACAGCACUUGCUGGCAAAGUUAACGUUAGCGGCGCAAUGACGGCCGGGCCAAUACUUGCAGAAGAUGAAUGGCAUGAUUGGCAGCCGGUGGAGCAAACAGCUUUGGACUUUUUGUCAGAGAAGCAUGACAGAAAUGACGACAAUGAUAAUUCCGACUACGAGGAGGAAGAGGAAGACGAAGAUGAAUGGAAUCCGCUAAUGCAAGGCGGAGCAGGAUAUUCAACAGCAGAUUCUUCCCGACAGUCUUUGACAGCUGAAGCCAAGCAGCUGACCGCUGAUGAAGUUGCGGAGGAAUGCGGCAGCGAUGAAAGUGAUGAAGAUUGGGCACCUCAGUCCCAGGGUGCCGCCAAUGUCGAAAAAUCUGAGGAGGAGGCAUUGAAAGUCCUUCUGCAGCCUAAUUAUGUCAAGGACAUCCGUCCGGAGAUAUUCGAAACCAAAAAGGAAGCUGAUGCGGCCGGACGACUGUUGCACCAGCUUCAAAGGCCACCGACUUGGGAAGAAGUCAAGGAAGACAUGCCUCGAGGUCCCGAUGUGGAUCCGGAUCUUCUGGAUGCGCCCACCUACAAGAACAUGACGCAAGAAGAAGCCAUAGAGCUGGUGCGCCGAGGUGCAUCGGUGAAUUUUCAUGGACAGCACGGGCGAAUGCCUCUUCAUAAGGCAUCGGAAAAGGCUUUCCCACAUCUGGUCAAGUCUCUAUGUGAAGCCCGUGCAGAUCCAGACGGUCGUGAUCAGUUCGGCGAGACGCCACUUCAUCUUCUGGCGAAAUCGGGCAGUUGGGAUGAAUCGAUUCCUAAAUCGCGACGCUGUGAAACCAUUCAGAUGCUGCUGCAUCAUGGUGCUGAUGUGCAUGCUGUAAACCCCCGUGGACGCGGAGUUCUUCAUCUCGCGGUAACAGAACAUGAUGCUCUUGCCAUUGAGACGUUUAUUGAAGGCAUGGCGGAUGUCAAUGCCCAAGACCUGGCAGGAUUCACUCCACUCAUGUGGGCAGCCGGAAGAGACUCUGCUGAUUCGGUCAAGAUGCUUCUGGACUGCGAGGCCGACAUGAAUGUCAAAGCCGCCCGUGGGCAGACUGCCAUGACAUUCGCGCUCACCAACGGAUGUAAUGCGAUAGUCGAUAUGCUCGAAAAGCACCAAGCGAUUCUGGAUGCAGAGGAGGCCAAACGUAUCAAGGAACGAGGUGAAGGCCGCAGCGACGAAGCCGAGGAGGUAUGGAACGAAGAGCUGCAGCUUCCCAGACCAGAUUGGGCCUGCAAACACGCCAAGCCGGACGACGUUCAAGCUUAUUCAGGUCGAGUUUACGCAGAGGCAAGGCCAGACAGGCAUUCCAAUGUGUACGUGGAGGCGAGACCUCGCUCUUGA